GCCAGCAUCAUGCAGAGAUCAGCCACUGGAUUUGCGGUCCAUGGCUUCCAAGUUUUCAAUGGCGCUCAAGGCGCAUUCAGAUUUUCAGACCUCAAUCUCUCUCUCUUUUUCUAUCUCGUCCGUAGAAAUGAUGCAUUGCUAGAACAGGCUCAAUGAAGGAUGCGCCUUUUACCUUCUCUACUAGAGGGAGUAGCCGGUAUCUGAUUCCUUAGGGACUCAGGUUUUAUUGACUUUGUGUCUCGCGGAUCAUCCUGAUGCUGCUAAAGCUCCUUCUGCGCUACUCCUUAUCAGCGGGAUGCAAUAGUAAUGUAUGGUGCUUCCGUUGGAUAGUUGAGUGCCAAUUUGGUCAGGAUGCACACUUAGGGUUAUGCAGUGCCCUGUGAGAGAGUACUUUGACAUGACCCUAAGAAAAGCUGACGAGCAAUUAGGUCAGCGUCUGCUUUGUUGCUAGAAACUCAGGAAAUCAUUUAGCAGAUUACCAACCUGCAGACAAGUUACCAGUGGUAAUCAGUUACCAGUGGUAUCUCACAGCUCUGGACCUGGAGAUGGAGGAGAGGAGGGAGAGCCAUGCAGGAAGUAGCACAAGUGGGAAGGCAGGGCUUGGAUUUGGUCACUUCUCUAGUCGGCACAACCAUGCCCCCAGCACGAGUCCAUCGGGCAGUCCCUACCGACCUGUGCCUGGGCAGGCGCGGCGCUUUGCCAAGAACAGCAGUAGAAAGGAAAGUCCCUUCACAGGGGAACUGGUGGACGGAGUGCCCCCUGCUGGUUGGAAGGAGCGCAUCGGGGACCGAGUCUAUGAAGCGAAUUUUGGGAAUGGCCUCAAUGAGACAAAGUCUGUGACAGUAGAAAACGGGCAUUUGGUGAGAGUGAGCUCCACGAGCAGGGUCAUGGUAAGCUCAACAAGCAGCACCGUCAGGAUUGACCAGACAACGCUGGUGCAAUUAAAUCGACGGCCAGGUCUGGCGGACGAGCGCUUCUCAGAAGAUGAGGAGCAAGGGGGGCGCCUGCAGAAUGGAUCUGCAUCUCAGGCCACUUUCGCCCCCCUCGCAGAGUUGUCGGAACUGGUGCCGCGCAGCCAGUCCCUGCCGGUAGAACGGUCCAAAUGGGAAGACCCGGGGUCGCCACCCUUGCGGCAGCCUCUGGACAGAUUUGGAUUCUUCACGCCCCCCGCCAGUGAGCAGGUGGAGGCGGCAACCGACGGGAAGAAAGUGGAGAAGAAAGAGAAGACAGAGCGAGAGAGGGAUGAGAGGCGAUUACGGAAGUGGCGCAAGAUGAUUGGGGCAGGGGGCAUGGAGUGGAAGCAUUACUGCAAAAAGAAGCCGCUUGUAGUGAAAAGACGGAUAAGGAAGGGGAUCCCCGACUGCUUACGGGGCCUGGUCUGGCAGCUCGUCUCCGGGAGCCGAGAUCUUCUGCUGCAGAAUCCAGGAGUUUACGAGCAAUUGGUAUUUUAUGAGACGAGCCUAAGCGAGCUUGACAUCAUCCGCGACAUCAGCCGCACCUUCCCGAGCCAUGUGUUUUACUCUCAACGACAUGGGCCAGGCCAGCGCAGCCUGUACAACGUGCUCAAGGCAUACUCCGUCUAUGACAAAGAGGUCGGUUACGUUCAGGGUAUGGGGUUCUUGGCGGGGCUGCUCCUCUUAUACAUGGGCGAGGAGGACGCCUUCUGGCUGCUGGUGGCGCUGCUCAAAGGCGCCGUUCAUGCCCCAAUGGAAGGCCUAUUCCUGGUGGGCCUGCCGCUGGUGCAGCAGUACCUGUUUCAGUUUGAGCGGCUGGUCCAGGAGCUGUUCCCGCGCCUGGGCGCGCACUUCGAGGAGGAGUGCAUCAACCCGUCCAUGUACGCGUCGCAGUGGUUCAUCACCGUCUUCUCCUACUCCUUCCCCUUCUCCCUCGCGCUGCGCAUCUGGGACGUCUUUCUCAGCGAGGGCAUGAAGGUUGUGUUUCGCGUUGGGCUGGCCCUGCUGAAGCAGUGCCACGACGACCUUCUGAAAAUGCCGUUUGAGAAGCUCGUCCACGCGCUGCGCAACUUCCCCGACGAACUGCUCGACCCCGACACGCUCCUGCCCAUUGCCUACAGCAUCAAGGUGUCCGCUCGAUUGGCGCAGCUAAAGGAGGAGUACGACAAGCUUCACAAUCCGCAGUCGUCUGCCCUGCCAGAACCGGUAAACGAGAGCAGGGCAACGGGUAACAGCACUCGGGACCUUGUCCGUCGUGACAGCAAGGAUGGAAGUAUAAAAUCCGGAAGCAAUCGGUCAAAAUCGUCAGAUUCGCUUGGGGAAUAAAGAAAUCGGUCUGCGUUGAAACGUCUUGUUUCUCAUCAAGCUUGCCCCUCCCUCCUAAUGAUUCGACUGACAAGAGGUGGUAGAGUGAAGCGGACUGACAGUCUUAGGUACUCACCAAAAAAUUUGCGAAUAUUUCGAAUUGAUGUUGUCGGCUCCUUUUCUGCAUCCUGUGAAGCAGCUUCAGUGUGCAUCACGUCGCGC